CAACUUCAAUGUCAAGUUGACAUUUACAUUCGCAUUUGCAUUUUGCUAAUUUACUUUUUGGCUGAUGCAAUAGUUUUCCAAAAUUUUGUGAAUUUUUUCCAUAAAAGUUACAGUUUUACUAUUACCGAAGAAACAAUAUCUACAAUGGCCGAAGACGAAGCAAUUUUUGAUCCAACACUCAAAAAGAAAAAGAAGAAGAAGAAGACCACUUUCGAUAUUGAUGCUGCAUUGGCUGAAGGUGAUGCGCCAGAAAGUACCACAAACGGUCUCGAAGAUAACGAAGCACCACCAGCUCAAGAAGAUGCCGACGAUAACGCAGAUAUCGACUUGGACUUUACCAAACAAAAAAAGAAGAAAAAGAAGAAACCUUUCAGUACUGAUGAUUUGGAAGCGGCUUUAACCGAUAUCAAAGACGAAACAGGAGCAGGAGAAGGUGGCGGUCAAGAUGAUGAAGCGAUUGAUGACAAUUUCGAUCUUGAUUUUAAUAAACUUAAAAAGAAGAGGAAGAAUAAAAAAAAUUUAGAUGAAAUUAUGGCGGAGGUUGAUGAUAAGACCGAUGAUAAGGAGAAUGUAGAUGAUAAUGCAAUUACAUGGACUGGAUCUGAUAGAGAUUACACAUACGAGGAGCUCCUAAACAGGGCCUUUGAAAUUAUGAGAGACAAAAACCCAGAUAUGGCUGCUGGGAAGAAACAAAAGUUUGUCAUGAGACCACCCCAGGUUGUCAAAGUAGGCGCAAAGAAGACCUCCUUUGCCAACUUCACAGAAAUUUGCAAAAUGUUACACAGACAACCGAAACAUUUAUUGGAUUUCUUACUGGCUGAAUUGGGUACCAGCGGUUCUGUAGAUGGUAACAAUCACCUCAUUAUCAAGGGCCGUUUUCAACAGAAACAACUAGAAAAUGUAUUGAGAAGGUAUAUAAAAGAAUAUGUGACUUGUCAUACAUGUAAAUCGCCUGAUACCAUUUUACAAAAAGACACGAGGUUGUUCUUUUUACAAUGCGAAACCUGCGGGUCCAGGUGUUCUGUAGCUAGUAUCAAAUCUGGUUUCCAGGCUGUUACAUCAAAACGAGCGGCAAUCAGAGCAAAAACAGCGUAGAAGUUCUGUGGUCUGCAAUAUUCGUAAUAAUUAUUUUAUUAUUAUUAUUAAAUGUAAUUGGUAUUGAUUAUUAUAGUUGCUGCACUUUUAUAAUAAUUAAAUGUUUGUGUUGCAAA